GCGAUCGUGUCGAAAUCAGCAAAUCGCAUUCUGGAUUGCCUUAGCCAGAGGAGUCCCAUCUGCUAGACUAGACCGUGCAGGUAGGACAGGCUAUUGGGAUUAGUCCGGGAGAGUUGGUCCAAGCAAUUUCGCAUGGGUAGAAUGACCAGACCAGAACAUGGGCAGUGAUCGCUGGAAGAACAUUGGAGGCUCCCCACAGAUGGAGGACACUGUACAAGAAAAGUCACAGAGGACAAGCUGUGGUUACAUCCUAUGUACCGUCCUGCUGUCUGUCGCUGUCCUAUUGGCGGUAACCGUCACCGGAGCAGUUCUGUUCAUGAACCACUACCACGCGCCUUCCACAGAGCCUCCGCCAGUCAUUACAACAAACAUGGAAGACCCCAAUGCCCUGGUCACCAUAGAAAGAGCAGACAGCUCCCACAUCAGUAUAUUCAUCGACCCCAACUGUCCGGACCCCCUUCCUCGAAUGGAUGGCCUGCAGUCUUCUCUGUUGUCUGCCCUGGCUGACCACGACUCAGAGCUGAAAGUGGCUGUGGGAAAGGAGAGGGCUAUGCUGGCGGGAUUGGUGGACCAAGUGACACAGAUGGUUUCCCAGGUGUCACGGCAGCGGGCUGAUUGGGAGAGCCUAAGGAAAGGACAGAAUGGACUAGUAUCUGAGCUGGGGGCUCUGCAGAGUGAGCAAGGAAGACUUAUACAGUUACUUUCAGAGGGUCAGAGUCAUGUAGCCCAGCUGGUCAGUUCAGUGAGCGAAGUACUGGACAGCCUUCAAAGAGAUCAUGGCCGAUCCCGUGGGAAGGGGGAUCUUGUAAGGACACCAUCCAGAAGUACUAAGCCUCGUGGCUGCACCAACGGCUCCAAACCGCGGGAUUGUUAUGACAUCUUGAUGAGUGGACACCAAGAGGAUGGAGUCUAUUCUGUGUUCCCCCUUCACUACCCCUCUGGAUUUCAGGUUUAUUGUGACAUGACGACUGAUGGCGGAGGCUGGACGGUGUUCCAGAGAAGGGAAGACGGCUCUGUGAAUUUUUUCCGUGGAUGGGAACAGUACAGAGAUGGAUUUGGAAAGCUGACAGGAGAACAUUGGCUGGGCUUACAGCGGCUUUACUUUUUGACUAUGCAAACACAUUACCAGCUCCGCAUUGACCUGACUGACUUUGAAAACUCUACAGCUUAUGCUCAGUACAACACGUUUGGCGUUGGCCUUCACUCUGUUAACCCUGAUGAAGAUGGGUACGCUCUCACAGUGUCGGACUACUCUGGAAAUGCAGGGGAUUCCUUUGGAAAGCACAGUGGAAUGAAAUUCACCACCAAAGACAUGGACAACGACCACUCCGAGAACAACUGCGCCAGCUUUUACCAUGGAGCCUGGUGGUACCGCAACUGUCACACUUCAAACCUGAAUGGGCAAUAUCUUCGUGGGCACCAUGCUUCCUAUGCUGAUGGCAUUGAGUGGUCCUCCUGGACAGGUUGGCAAUAUUCACUCAAAUUUACAGAGAUGAAGAUUCGCCCCUUACGAGAAGACAAGUGAUCUCAUUGUUUAUUUAUUGGGGGGGGGGGUGCUUUUUAUGGGAGAAAUUCUAACUUGCGCUAACUUAUUUGGAUGGGAGACGAAAAAAAAAAAAAAAAACGACUUGUCAGCACUUCUCAAAGCUAUUGCACAAAAAAUGUGUCAGUGCUGAGUUUCUGAAUAUAUUGUAAAGAUGACAUAUUGGAGUUUGCCAGGAUAAUCAGACAAAAACUGGAUAAGUGGACACAAAAAAAUGGAGCUGUUUUGACGACUAACCAACAACACAUCAUCUCUGGUUGUACUAAAAUGUCUCUCAGCCAAUUACCAUCUUUAGUAAAGACGGACUUAUUAAGGCACAAACAUUGGUAUCUACCUGUAACUCCAAUGUUGACUGGAACCAAGACAUCUACUGUAUGUGCACCAAUUAUAUUUUUCAGUGUUCUAGGUGAAAAGUUUUUUCUUUAAUAUAGUGUUAGUAGCCAAGAUCACCCCCGUAAUUGCAGCCACACAAUGCCUUUCUCUGUGUUCCUGAAUCCCUUUGUUGACAGACGACUGAAGACUUUGUGGAGCUUUUUGACUAAUAUUUUCUCCUCACGCUGCGUUUGGCAUUAUUGGUCCUUUCCGCUCCCCGCAAUACCCGUCAUUUGUUUCUGCUAUUCUUAUUUUUUGGUGACUAGUGGAGUUGGAAUUAUUUCAUGUUUGCACCCCUGCAACAUUCUCUUCGACACAGCUGCCUUGUCUCUUAUGUCCGCUUGAUUAUUCCAACGCAGCAACAGACUUUGGAAUGCUGCGUCUUCUGUCAGACAGAUGACCUAGAUGUUCAUGUGGCGUGUGGGUGGAAAGGCAACACAUGUUCUGGCACAGGCUGUGUAGGGUAGGAAAAUAUAAGGUGCCAAGCCAAAAAGACUUUGUGAUAAAUAUUUGAUUCUUAAAUUGCUGGUUUAUAAGUUUUUUUAAAAUUCUUUUUGAAAACUGUGCACACUUUGUUCAAGAUAAAUGUGUUUUGGUGAGGACUGAGUUUGGCGACUACGGUUUAAAGUAUCUUAAGCAGGUGUAUCCAAAACGACAUGGCAGAUUAAUUAUACUGUAUAGCACAGACACGCAUCAUAUCAUCCAUUGCAGUCCUUGGGGAAGCUUUCAAAAUAAAACACUGACAUGUAAGCACACUCUAGGGCAGAGGUGUCAAGCUGCAGCCCUCCAGCUGUUGCCAAACUACAAGUCCCAUGAUGCCUUGCAAGGCUGACAGUUACAAGCAUGACUGUCAAAGGCAGAGGCAUAGAGGGACUUGUAGUUCUGCAACAGCUGGAGGGCCACAGAUUGACACUCCUGCUCUAAGCCAUUUCAGGCAGGAGUCAAGGAACACUUCAACAUACUUUUGGACUGUGGGAAGCAGAUACAACCCAAACAAACAUGGUUUAAAACAUCAAGGUGUUCAUGGGAACCCAGGACUGCAAGACAGUAGUGCAAAAUGAUGUACCAAAACAUGGCUUCCUAGUUAAGUAGAACUUUUGACAAAAAAAGUUUUUAAUAUAAAAUUCCCAAGCUGUGUAGAAUGUAUGUCAGCUUGACCAGAACCAAGACACGUCUCUAAAACGGCCAUACAAAUAUCACCUUCGAUAUUAUCACGUCAAAGCCCGAUUUGGUUUCCUAACAUUGCUUCAGCAAACAUUUCAGGUUCCUUUAUGUCAGCCUGGCAGCUGUUUAAUGAUCAGCACAGUCUCAAUUACCAAAGACGAAAGGCGAUUUGUAACAAGGUGCGCUAAACAUUCUCUGCUGUUCUCAUUGUGGUGACGCACACGUCCUCAUAAUUAGUUGGUCAUUUUCGUAAACAGAUUAAGGUGUUGCAGUGGAAGGACUCUUAGGGGAGGCUGCUGUUUCCCAGUCACAAUUACUUGCUCCUGAGGGAGCAAGCUGUUAUUUUAAGGGACAUCAAUAAACCCCCAGGAGGUCCUGCACCCCAUGCCUGUAAUGCCAGGCAAAUAGUAACGAGAGUGUGAUUCGUGUGGCUUCCUCGAGAGAUCAUUAGCAUAUUUCAAGCAGUUUAUCUUUUCGCUACCUAGGCUGUGGCGGGCAGCAUCGUAAACAAGCAGUUUGUAAAUUAAAAGGAAUCUAGGCGUAUAUAACCUAGAAGUUAAUGGACCAUGACAAAGUUUGGUUGGUUAUGCCCGGAGAGUGGCAUUAACAGUCUGUUCAUUAAAGCUGCUAGCUUGGCAUUGGUGAACCAUUCUUCUUCCCCUCCUUUCUUUUUGACGUGUAGAAUGAUUUUGCUUUUAAUGUCUUGGUUAAAUGAGCAUGAAGUCUUCUCGUUUGUCGUGAACGGAGGCAUAACUCAGCAGGAACACCUGAGCUGGUGUCAGCUGCAUAAAGAACAGGUGCAAAGAGAGGAGGGGUCUCUUGGGACUUGGACGUAAAUGGGGAGAAAGGUCUGAGGAGAAGGGAUUGAAGAAAAUAUGUGGGGAGGCAGCAUUUAUGGUGGCGGGGGGAAGAUGGAGAAGGGAAGAGACACAGAUGGGAGGAGAGAGGCAGAUGGAAAAGGCACUCGAUGUGACAAACACAGAGAACUAUAGAAGAAGAGAUGUACAGAUGGAAGUAGAAAAGAAAUACCGAGACAGAAAAAUAAUGAACAAAAUAGGUUUUGAAGG